AAAUAACUCUCAGCUAACAGCUCAGACCACUCAGCUUGCUUGGAAAGAGAGACCUCGCCCUACAGAAUCGCAUAAGACCAGUACUUUUCUUCAUUCGUCCUGCCUCUUCAUGAGAGCGAGCCUAACCAGUGUGCCAUCUCUUUUCUUCCCGUUUCUCUCUUUUCUCUCUCAUUCAUCUUUCAUCCAUUACUCAGAAACCGCCCUCACCCAGCAACCUCACCUCACUUGAAAUUUUCAGCUUGACCCAUGCUCAGUACCGCUAGUGCCCCGGGAUCUCACACCAUGAUACCACCCGCAGACCUCCUACCACAGGACCGAAGCAAUCUCAAGAAUUUUGACAGCACCACAGAAGCGCUUGCAAAACACCCACUGAGACACCAAUUGCCCACUCAAGGACCGCCUAUGGUGCCCCGGGGGACAUAUGUCUCUGCUUCGGCCCCCGCAAGGAUCGACCUCGCGGGAGGAUGGACAGACACCACCCCUAUCACACACGAACACGGUGGCAAGGUCGUCAACGUGGCUGUGAAGAUCAACGACCGCGCGCCGUACACCGUCAAGGCUCGGCGUACAGAAGCACUUGUCCUCUCUCUCUCUUACGACCCAGAUAUUCCUCCAGAGCAUUUUCAUUCCCUGGACCAGAUCCGGGACCACGCCGACCCUCUCGUCCCGGGCGCGCUCCUCAAGGCCUGUAUCGUCGCCUCGGGGAUCUUGGGCAUCACGCCCAAACGACACGACGAUGUGCCCUUCAAGACCAUCGCUGAGGCCUUGAAGCAUUCCGGAGGCGGCCUCGAACUCGUCAUCCGAUCGACCUUGCCCCUUGGUUCUGGGAUGGGCACGAGCAGCAUUUUAGCGGCGGUGAUUUUGGCGGUGCUGAAGACCCUGAAGGGUGAGGCGUAUACCAUGGAUGACCUGAUUUACCUGACCCUGGAUGUCGAGCAGAUGAUGAACACUGGUGGAGGAUGGCAGGACCAGGUCGGAGGCAUUUUACCAGGAUUCAAGGUAUCGACCUGCGAACGUGGUCUCCCGAUUCAGAUCAAGACGAACGUUAUUGAUCUGUCAGACUCGUUCAUCAAGAACUUCGACUCAAGACUCCUGCUCAUCUACACGGGCCAGACCCGACUCGCCAAGAACUUGCUCCAAACUGUCCUCAUGAACUGGGCUGGCCAGGAGCCAGUUGUUGUUGAGACCAUGCAUCGGCUUGUCCAGGAAGCGUCUCAGUGCGAGCGUGCGCUCAUCGAAGGAAAUAUGCAAGAUGUAGGCGAAGUGAUGAAACGCUACUUCGCCCACAAGUGUCUUCUCUCCAACACUUCGCUCGAAGACCCUCCAGUCGUCAAGCUACUUCUCAAACAUUUCGAUCCCUACAUCGAAGGAGCCUCUUUGGCCGGCGCGGGCGGAGGUGGGUUCUUGGCCGUACUCCUGAAGCCAGACCUCGAUCGUGACAGUGUCCUUGCGACCGUCAAGAACGCCCUGGCCAACGAGACCUACCACCGUUACCACGCCGAUGAUAUCAAUGUCAAGGACGAUCUGAUGUGGGCCUGGGAGGCGACUGUCGACACAACCGGACUCGUCGUCCAGAUCGGAGAGCCCUAGCUCCAUAGACCAACGUCAUCCCUAAUCCCUAGACUCUAGUUCAUUCCAUCCCACACAGAAUGAAAAGAUAAAGUA